GUCACAAAAAUUCCAAGAAGACAUAUGUUUAUCAACACACAAAAAAAAACAUACACAAACAUAAACUGAUUAAUUUUCAAUAUGUACAGAUAAAAAAGUAUGAUACCAGCUUAAUUCUUAACACAACUUUACGUUUGAUCAGGCGCCAUUAUCAUCAACUUUAAGUGUGUACACGUUUUUUUUUUUUUAUAAAUUUUUCUCAUUUACAUACGUCUACAUAAAUUACAAUUAUAUAUUCCCCCCCAGAUUGACUAGGUUAAUGUACUCAACACAAAGUUUAAAACCAGUUGUUCACAUAAUUUUUUUCUAUAAAAAAUCUGUGUUUUUGGAAACGCGUGUUAUUCCAUCUUGGAAAAAAAAAAAAACAGCCAUUAAUAUUGGACAAUUGAUGUUAAAAAAAAUAAAACAAAAAUUUUAUUGUUGAUGAGAGUAAAUUGUUUGGUAAAAUAUAUUGUCGACAAAAAGAUAUACCUUUGAUCAAACAAAAUGAUUAUGAUACAUGUAUGAAAUAUUCAGACGUUGAAUUAUGAGUGGUACCAAUUGAUGCCGAGACGAGAACGAUAUCUUAUUGGUCAGACGUUUGAUCUCUCUGUGACUUUUGAGACACAAAUUCUGCGCUAUUACAACGUGCUUUUCAUCAUCUCUGUCAUAAUUUAAACGAAUUCAAAGCUAUCAAGUCUCUGUCGUUAUAUUGCAUUGUUACAUUACUUGUCUUGAUAACUCUACUGUGAACAGUUAUAUUUUAUAAACCAACUUAUCGAUACAUCAACAAGUCAAGUUUUAUUUAAACUCAUAACUUUCAUUAGUUUUUUAAAUAAAAUUAAUAAUAUAACGUGAAAAGCUAAAUGAGGAUUAUAAAAAAGUAUAAUUAAAUAAUGAUAAUUAUUUAAACAAGUUAAUUAUUUUAUAUUUUUUUUGGUGACAGGUGUUUUAUUGUGAGUUAAAUGUUAAUUUGAGUUUUUGAGUUUUAUAAGUUUGCCAUCAUCAGAUAGAGUGCUUGACGAAGAACUCGAGGAUAUUAGAGUCUUCCGGUAAUCGAAUGGCACAGUUCUACUGGCUCUUGCUAUUUGAGAGGCAUCAUUGAACACUUCCUCAGUAGCAUCAUCACUAACAGCAUCCUCUCUCUUGUUGAUGUGCAUUGUGAAUAUUCAACUGGAUUUUAAAUAUUUUUUUUUUUCAUUUUUUUCAACACAUUAUUGUUGAUUAACAAUUAUUAAAUUUUUUUUGUUAAUAGCUAAAGUUUUAUAUAUUUUAAAAAAUACAAUUUAAAUAUAUAUUUAGUUUUUUUUAAUGAAAAAAAGUAUCAUCAAAUUAGUCGCAAUGGAGCGAAGGAUGUUAAAAAUGUGGUGACUAUACGACAUGUCAAGGCCCUUGUCGCCAAUAAAAUUUAAAACAAUUUGUGCAUCAUAGAUUUUAGGCAAAAAAAAAGAAAAGAAAAAAGGAUUGUUAAAAGAAGAGAGAUUGGAGAAGAAAGAAAAAAAAACGUUUGUGAUAGAAAAGAGAAGAAAGAGAGUUAAUCAAAAACAAAACAAAGAUAAUUAAAAUAAAAAAAAAAAAAUAUAUCAACAAACAAGUUGUUGUUAAUGAUAAAAAAAUUUUAAAUAAAUAAAAAAAUCUUGACGACAAGCUAAUACUCAUUACACAAUUAUAUAUUCAUAAAAAGUGAUUAAAAUAAACACUUGAAAAUAUUUUAAAUAACAGUAACAGUUGGAUUUAUUAAUUGUGUAUUUUGUGUCAAAAAAAAAAAAACAUUUAUAUUUUUCUAAAAAAUAUCAACGAAAUUUUGUAAUAAAAAUUGUCUUGAUUGUGCUUUAAAUUGCUCAAUUGAGAAACAGUCUGUGUUGAGUACAAAUUGAAUUUUAUAAGAGGAAAAAAAAAAGAAGUUUUAUUUGAUAAGUGAAAAUAUUUAUAAAAAAUUUGAUUGAUUGCAUUGAAAUAAAUAUUAAAGUCAAGAUGAUUUUCAGCCGAGGUAUUGCAAUGGUUUUCAAAGACGCUUUUAUUGUUUUUUCACGUUUUAUGUCAUUAAAGUCCAGGGGUUGUGCUUUAUUAGAAACACAUCGACAGCGUGAAACAACUGGCAUUAAAAAAUUGUAUAACAGUUUUUUCGUAAUGUUUUAAGGGUGAUUUUAAAAUAUAAAGAAAAAAAAAAAACAAUCACCUAUUGAUUGCUUCAUUUUUUUUUUCAUAUAUUUAAUCAUUAAAAUUAAUAAAUAAAUCAUUUUUAAAAAAUCCCAAAAUAUUAUUUAUAUUGUUGGCAAAAAGAAAGAGAAAAAAAAAAAAAACAAAAAUGUUUUUUUUUUAAUAUGUAAGUACUCAAUAUAAAAUGAAAUUAUUAAAAAAAAAAAUUUAUAAAAGUACAAUUUACAUUAAAAACCAAAGAGAAAAAUUUAUGCAAAAAAUAUUAUUUUAAAUUUAUUGAUAAAAAAGAAUAAAUAAAUUUUUAAUUAAAUAAUAAAAAAAAAAAAAACAAAAAAAAAAAAAAUGGAUUUAAAUUGAGACAAGAAAAAAAAUAAAUAAAACAGUGAAAAAAAAAAAUAUAUAUAAAAAGCAAUAUUAUGUGGGUACAUGACUUGUUGAUAAUGGACUUUGAAUUCUGCUGAUAUGAUUUAAAUUAUUUUUUUUCCUAUGCCUCUCAACUUAAUUAUACGUAAAAGUAUAAUUAACUUAAAAUUUAAAAAAUCAAUAAUUAAAAUAUCAAAGAAAAAACAAACAAUAAUAAAAUAAUAUAUCUAUAAUUUAAUAAUAAUAUAAAUAAAUAAUAAGUAAACAUUCAUAAAUGGAGUUACAAGUAAUGAUGGAAGCUAGUACAGAAUCAAUGAAUGGAACAAUGUGGCUUGGUCAUUCAUCAUCACCAUCAUAUCAACGUCUAUCACCACCAGUACGUUAUGAUGUACGUGAUGUUAAUGCACCUCAACAAAUACCAAUGGGUUAUCACGUUUCAGAUGGUGCAAUAUUGUGGCAUGAUAAACGUGAAUCACUUAAAAAUUCACAACAUUUAAACAAUGAAAUAUCAUCACGUGAUAAUUCACCAACAUCUGAUAAUCAAUCAGGUUAUCAACAAUCAUCCAAUGGCCUCAAACGACGUGCUACUGGAUCACAUCAAUCUAUUACUGAAUUAGAUAGAAAACAUUCAAGAAGAGACGGAAGUAAUAGUGCUGCACAAGGUUGGUCAUCAAGACAAGUUGAAGAACUUGCUGAACAUCUUGUUGCUGAUUUUGAUGAUCCAUUAUCUGCUCUUGCUGCAAAUGAUUUAGCAAAUGCUGUUGCAUCUUACAAUAUGAGUGAAGCCUUGUUGGCAUUGCCUUCGCUCACCGUCUUCAAACAGGAAGCCCCUUCACCAGAAAAUCAUAUUAACAAUAACAAUAUAAAUGAUGUAACACAAAUAAAUAUCAAUGGUACUCAUCAAGAUAAUAAUAUUGGUCAUUCAGUUGAGCCUGAUAGUAAUGAUAAUAACAACAAUAAUAAUACAACAAGUAUGGGUAUUACAACAACGACAACAACACAACCAACAACAUCAUCUACAACGACAAAUAACAAUGCCAUUAACAAUGUCAGCAAUAGUAACAAUAGUCCACGCAAUGUCAAUGAAGAAACAGGACAAUCAUCAACAACAAGCCUUCAUCAACUUUUGUAUUCUAACAAUGAUGAUUAUCCACCAACAUCAUCAUCAGGAAAUCAUGUAUCUUCAUCACAACAAGGCAAUGAAUUUAACGAAGAUAGUCGAUUUCAAUAUGUUUUGGCUGCUGCUACCAGCAUUGCUACCAAAGUAAAUGAAGAAACUUUGACAUAUCUCAAUCAGGGACAAUCAUAUGAAAUUAAAUUAAAAAAACUUGGUGAUUUAUCAGCAUAUCGUGGUAAAAUAUUAAAGUCAAAUAUACGUAUUUGUUUUCAUGAAAGACGUCUACAGUAUACUGAACGUGAACAAAUGUUAGCUUGGCAACGUGGACGUCCUGGUGAACGUUUACUUGAAAUUGAUGUUCCAUUGAGUUAUGGAAUGAUUGAUGUUUCACAAUCUUCAUCAGCUAAAAAUAGCAUAGAAUUUAUGUGGGAUCCAACAAAAGAAGUUGGAAUUUAUAUUAAGGUUAAUUGUAUAAGUACUGAAUUUACACCAAAAAAACAUGGUGGAGAAAAAGGAGUACCAUUCAGAAUUCAAGUUGAAACAAAAUUACCAGGUGGACCACGUUUACAUGCAGCAUCAUGUCAAAUUAAAGUAUUUAAAUUAAAAGGUGCUGAUCGUAAACAUAAACAAGAUCGUGAUAAAAUUAUGAGACGUCCACCACAUGAACAAGAAAAAUAUCAGCCAAGUUAUGAGUGCACAGUUUUAUCAGAUAUAUCAUUUGAAGCAUUGUCACCAAUAAAUUCAUCAUUUCAAAAUGAAGGCAGUUCUUAUAUAACAAAUGAUUCAAUUACAUCACAAAAUUUAUCAAAUAGUGGAGAUACAUCUUCACCAUUAACAGUGGUACCAGUUGCAUUAUCAAUAGCAACACCAGAACAUCAACUGGUUAAUAAUUUGGAUCAAUCAUCAAAUGAAGAAACAAAUGUAUCAAGAUCAAUACAAAAUUUAGUAUCACCAGUAUCAAUAUUACCAGAUCAAAUAUCAUGUAAUGAAGUAAAUAAUAAUACAUCAGUUGAAUUAUCAGCUGAUGCAAAUGCUGUACAAACUGUUGCAUGGUUACGUGCUAGUCGUUUUCAAGCAUUUGAAACAACAUUUACAAAUUUUUCGGCUGCUGAUAUAUUACGUUUAUCACGUGAUGAUUUAAUACAAAUAUGUGGUAUUGCUGAUGGUAUAAGAUUAUUUAAUGCAUUACAUUCAAAAGCACCAACACCAAAAUUACGUCUUUAUUUUGCUAUUGAAAAUACAAAUGGAGUUUUAAUAUGGCGUGUUAUUUAUCUUGAUAAUUUAACAAGUGGUGCACUUGCUACAAAAUUACUUGCUACAUUUAAUUUACCAAAUGAUCGUUUACAUUCCAUUUUACUACAAGGCCCACAAGCAAUUCAUGUUCUUGUUUCUAAUGAUGUUGUUGCAAAUAUGAAAGAUGAAAGUAUGUUUUUAAUUGAAACAAUUAAGGAUUCAUCAAGUGAACGAUACAAGUUACUUUUAAAACCAUCGUCACGUUGAAAAGAAAAUUUAUGUAUUGAUCAUUCAACUUCCAGUUGAUAAUAUUAAUCGACAAUAUAUAUUAUCCAUUAUUGUUGAUCUUGAAGACAACAGACUACAUUAAAAAAGUAAUAUUAUUUUUUUUCUUUUUGUCAAUAAUUUAAGUUAUUUUUAAUUUCAGUUUCAAACUGAAAAUUUUAUUAAUGUUAAUUUUUUAUUGUUUAUUUUAUUUGUUUUUAUUUGUUUUAUGCCAGAGAUAGAAUCUCAAAUAUUGGCUUAGUUAGAAAUAUUGUUUAGAAACAUCUAUUAUUAUUCAAAACGUUUAUUUUAUAUUUUUUAAUUAUUGUUUAUCGAUUCAUGUAAAGUAAAGUAGUCAUUUUAAUGAUCAAUGAUGCAAUUAUUUAUACUGCACUAAUUACAAACUCAAUUUUAUUAUUUCUUUUUUAAAAAUAAGUCAACAAUUGCUUGUCAAUUUUUAUUGUUUCUUUGCAUCAAUCAUUUGACUAUUUUAUCUACUUGAAGAGAAUUUUUUAUAAUAGCAAUAAGAUUUAUUUUGUUUUUUUGUUUUGUUCUUUGAGUAGAUAAAUUAGAGUUGAAAAUUUACGUUAAACUCAGGUACCUCAAAAAUACCGUAACGUAUUUUUUGAUAGAAAAAUAAAUAUGUUUAUUGAUCAGCAGGCUGAUAUCAAUUUUGAUGAUAAUAUCUACCACAUGUCAAUUACGUAGUUUAUAUACAAUGUUAUUAUUAUACACUCUUUUGUAUACAUUUUAAUGAAAUUUUAUAAAAUAUAUACAACGAGUAAAAGCACAAGAAAGAAUUACAUUUUAUAAUAGUUAAAAUAUUAUUAAUAUUGUUAUAUAAAAAUAUAAAAUAUGCUGUUUUAAAAUAUAAAUUUCUAUAUUUUAUUACAAGCAAUAUUUAAUAAUCAAAAAUAAUAUAGCUAAAAAAUUAAUUGAUAAAUUUUUAAGAUGUUAUUUUAUCAUGUUGAUGUUUAAAUAAAAAAAUAAUCUUUAUAAAAUUUAAAAAACCACAAUUUUUAUAAAUUAUUGUUGAUUUUUAUUGUCUUCCUAUUUGAAAAAAAUAAAAUAAAUUAAUUGAUUAUUAUAAAUAAAAGUUGAGGCAAUAAAUUAGAUGAUUUGUUAAAUUUUUUUAAUUAAUUUAUUAUUGUUUCACGUUUGGUAAAAAAAUAAACAAAUGAAAAUAUUUUAAUCGUAUUAAUUUUAGUUUUUUGUUUCUAUUUGUCAAUAAAAAAAAUUUUCAAUUCAAAAUUAAACAAUUAAUAUAAUUUAGAACAUUUAAUAUAUAUUAUUUUUUGUUUGUGAAUAAUUUCUUUUUCUUUACAAAUUAUUAUACAAUAUUUAACAUCAAAUAAAAGUAUUUUUUUUUUUUUUUUUCGAUUUACAAUAUAUUGAUAACAAAAUAGCUAGAGAAUUUCUAGAUAUUAAAUGAUUUUAAAAGGCACAAGUGUUUUUAUAAAAUUGGCUUAAUUUUAUUCUAAUGAAAAAGUUACUUUAUCUUAUAUUAUAAUUUUUUUUUUUUUGCUCAAUUGUUUAUAAAAUAAGAAAAAAAAAAAAAAGAGAAUUAAAUUACCCUGAUAUUAAUUAUGAUCUUUUAAACUUAUUCUUAAUAUUUUACCAGUAGCAUUUCUUGGAAUUUGAUUGAUAAAUCUUACACCACCUUUGAG